AGGGAAAGAAAGGCGCGAGGCGGAGGGAGGGAGGGAGAUCCCUGCCGCCGCCAUGGCCGAGAAGGAGGCCGGCAACCUCGAGGCCGUCCUCAAGGAGGUCGUCGACCUGGAGAACAUACCCCUGGAGGAGGUGUUCGACAACCUGAGAUGCAGCCGCGCCGGCCUCACCGCGGAGCAGGCGCAGCAGCGCCUCCAAAUCUUCGGCGCCAACAAGCUGGAGGAGAAGGAGGAGAGCAAGGUCCUCAAGUUCCUGGGCUUCAUGUGGAACCCGCUCUCCUGGGUCAUGGAGGCCGCCGCCAUCAUGGCCAUCGCGCUCGCCAACGGAGGGAAUAAGCCGCCGGACUGGCAGGACUUCAUCGGCAUCAUCACCCUGCUGGUUAUCAACUCCACCAUCAGUUUCAUCGAGGAGAACAAUGCCGGCAACGCCGCCGCCGCGCUCAUGGCCCGUCUCGCGCCCAAAGCCAAGAUUCUUCGCGAUGGCCGGUGGACCGAGGAAGACGCGGCCAUCCUUGUGCCAGGGGACGUCAUCAGCAUCAAGCUCGGAGACAUCAUACCUGCAGAUGCACGCCUCCUAGAGGGAGACCCUCUCAAGAUUGAUCAGUCUGCCCUCACUGGAGAAUCAUUGCCGGCCACCAAAGGCCCCGGUGAUGGCGUCUACUCCGGUUCGACCGUCAAGCAAGGUGAGAUCGAAGCCGUCGUGAUCGCCACCGGUGUUCACACCUUCUUCGGAAAGGCUGCGCACCUUGUUGACUCCACUAACCAAGUGGGCCAUUUUCAGAAGGUUCUGACGGCCAUUGGGAACUUCUGCAUUUGUUCGAUUGGUGUGGGAAUGUUCAUCGAGAUCAUUGUAAUGUAUCCUAUCCAGCACAGGGCGUACCGCCCUGGAAUUGACAACCUCUUGGUCCUUCUCAUUGGAGGCAUUCCCAUAGCCAUGCCGACAGUCUUAUCCGUGACUAUGGCUAUCGGGUCACAUCGAUUAUCUCAACAGGGAGCUAUCACAAAGAGAAUGACUGCAAUCGAGGAGAUGGCGGGCAUGGAUGUCCUUUGCAGUGACAAAACUGGGACUUUGACUCUCAAUAAGCUUACUGUGGACAAGAACCUUGUUGAGGUUUUCGAAAGAGGCAUCACUCAGGACCAAGUGAUUCUCAUGGCUGCUAGAGCGUCUCGAACAGAAAACCAAGAUGCUAUCGAUACUGCAAUUGUUGGGAUGCUAGCUGAUCCGAAAGAGGCACGUGCUGGUAUUCAAGAAGUUCAUUUUCUGCCAUUCAAUCCUACUGACAAGAGAACGGCGCUGACAUACAUUGACGCUGAUGGCAAAAUGCACCGUGUUAGUAAGGGUGCACCCGAGCAGAUUCUUCACCUCGCUCACAACACAUCGGAAAUAGAGCGGAGGGUCCAUGCUGUGAUUGACAAAUUUGCAGAGCGUGGACUUCGAUCGCUGGCUGUAGCGUAUCAGGAAGUACCAGAUGGGAGGAAAGAAAGCCCUGGUGGCCCAUGGCACUUUGCUGGUCUGAUGCCACUUUUUGAUCCUCCUAGACAUGACAGUGCUGAAACAAUCCGGAGGGCACUUAACCUUGGUGUUAAUGUCAAGAUGAUCACAGGUGAUCAGCUCGCCAUUGGAAAGGAAACAGGGCGUCGCCUGGGAAUGGGUACAAACAUGUAUCCUUCAUCUGCUCUGUUGGGGCAGAAAAAUUCAGACGAGUCCAUUUCUGCUUUACCAGUUGAUGAUCUCAUUGAGAAAGCUGAUGGUUUUGCUGGCGUCUUCCCUGAGCACAAGUAUGAGAUUGUGAAACGCCUGCAAGCACGAAAGCACAUCUGUGGAAUGACGGGUGAUGGAGUAAAUGAUGCUCCAGCUCUAAAGAAAGCAGAUAUUGGUAUUGCUGUUGCUGAUGCCACUGAUGCAGCCAGGAGUGCUUCAGAUAUUGUCCUCACAGAACCAGGCCUCAGCGUGAUCAUCAGUGCUGUGCUUACCAGUCGUGCAAUUUUCCAGCGUAUGAAGAACUACACUAUCUAUGCUGUCUCCAUCACAAUUCGUAUUGUGCUUGGAUUUAUGCUACUUGCCCUCAUCUGGAAGUUCGACUUUCCACCGUUCAUGGUCCUGAUCAUAGCGAUUCUAAAUGAUGGUACCAUCAUGACUAUAUCAAAGGAUCGGGUAAAACCAUCUCCACUACCCGACAGCUGGAAGCUGGCUGAGAUUUUCACAACUGGAGUUAUCCUUGGUGGAUACUUGGCAAUAAUGACGGUCAUCUUCUUCUGGGCUGCGUACAAGACAAACUUUUUCCCGAGAUUGUUUCAUGUCGAAAGCCUCGAGAAGACAGCUCAGGACGAUAUCCAAAAGCUCGCGGCUGCCAUUUACCUCCAAGUCAGCACCAUCAGCCAAGCUCUCAUCUUUGUCACCAGGUCACGCAGCUGGUCAUUUGCCGAGCGUCCUGGGUUUCUACUGGUCUUUGCAUUCUUCGUUGCGCAGCUGAUUGCUACACUGAUCGCGGUGUAUGCUGACUGGCCGUUCACUCAGAUCAAAGGCAUCGGGUGGGGCUGGGCUGGCGUCGUGUGGCUCUACAAUAUCAUCACAUACCUCCCGCUCGAUAUCAUCAAGUUCCUCAUCCGAUACACUCUGAGCGGCAAAGCAUGGGAUCUCGUCAUCGAUCAAAGGAUUGCGUUCACAAGGAAGAAAGACUUCGGCAAGGAGGAGAGGGAGCUCAAGUGGGCACACGCUCAGAGGACCCUCCAUGGGCUGCAGCCACCGGAUGCUAAGAUGUUCUCGGAGAAGGGGGGCUACAAUGAGCUGAAUCACAUGGCUGAAGAGGCCAAGAGGAGGGCCGAGAUUGCAAGGUUGAGGGAGCUUCAUACUGCUCAAAGGCAUGUGGAGUCCGUCGUCAAGCUGAAGGGUCUCGAUAUCGAGACGAUCCAGCAAUCCUACACGGUCUGAUGAUCUGAGCUGUCCAGGAGAAAAAAGGGGGAAAUCCCUAAUUUAUUGGUUACCGUCAUGAGUGAAGAGUGGAUCCUCUUCUUUGCUGUGAACUUUACUACUGUAAUCGUCCGCGUAGUACCUGAGACAUAUCUACUGUAGUUUAAGCUUGCCGGUUGGUGAUAUAGUUUCACGCCACCUAAGUAAUGGCGUGGCCGUUUUUUUCUUCUUCUUCGUUUUUUCUGUUUUCAGAUAGUAUGUAUAUUAUGUUUUUCUCUCUUCAUUUUAAGCUCGUUACCGACA